AUGCCCGCUGAUAUAAGCCGCGACAGUGAUGCAAAUAUGGCCGAGCCUCCGAAAAAGAAGUUUCUGUAUGACUCUAGCCCUCUUGAAACGACCUCUGUACUUGAUACUGUAAACACAGAGUGCUUCGCGCCAAAAGUAUCAACGGAAACAUGUGCUGUCAACGCAUACUUGCCCAUAGCUGGAGUUGAGUUCCAGGAUCCUGUAGUAUUCGAACGUUUGAAAGGAACAAUUAAGUUACAACUCCAGGGUUCCGUUACACAAGCUGUGAAUAAUCUCCUUAAUAAAAUGUCAUCGGCUAUUGAAGAAGUAAAUAACCUAAAGAAAUGUACCAAUGACAUGCAAAUGAGGCUGCACCGCUUGGAGACUAUCUCGCGUAAAGUGGAAACAAUUAUCGUCGAAAGUAUGCCACCCACGCAUAAAACCACUGCCUCAACAGCAAGUCAGUCGUCGUCACAAACCACUGUUGUCGUACCUGCUCGUCCUAAUCAGGUGAAGGAAUAUUACCAGCCGACGAGUCAGUCAGCUCACUCCACCUCCAUAGCUUCCAAUACCGUGUCACAAAAUGCUUUUAAUCACGGGAAUCCUCGCCAGUCCACCAGUUCCACAAUCACUCCCCACCCGCUGUCCCAGAUAUCUCGCCCUGCUGCACCCCUUCCCGUGACUGAGACCCCAGUCGCCAUGGCAAUGGCCUAUGUCAACCACCUUGCCAACCAGCCUCUGCUUCCGAACCGAAUAGCACCCCUACCACCCAGGGAACGCGGGCUUCUACCAGCUAAUCCCUACGGUCAACUAGCGUAUCCUGACGUCCAACCUCCACUUCGAUUGUCUAUAUCGACUUCCUCUGAAGGUCUGUGCCUUCAGUGGGAGCUCGCGCAGGAGGCGUGUUCCUUUGAGCCAGCUUCCGUCUACCAGUUGUUCAGCUACGCCAGCUCCGACAUUGACCCGCGUCUUCCGUUUACCAGUAAAUUAUGGCAAAAGGUCGGGGAUAUUGAAGCUCUGGCCCUCCCGAUGGUGUGCACCCUGACUAGCGUUCUUCCCAACAACAUCUACUACUUUGUAGUGCGCUCGAUCGAUCGGUUUCAGCGGUCCUCUGAUUGGUCGAACGUAGUCAAUGCCCACAUCAGCUAG